AUGGAGAGUUGCUGUCGGUCCUGUAUGCCAUGUCUACACCGGCUCUGGAACUGGGUAUGGCCGGAGUUCAGAUACCCAAACGUGCCCAACAACAACCAUAUACGCACCGUGUCCGGAGACAUCCGCGUGCCCUCUCCCAAAAAGCGUCCGGUGCAGCUUUACGCGGCUCUGUUUGACUUCGAGGCCCGCAGCGACGACGAGCUGACGGUGAAAGAAGGAGACAAGCUGUCGGUGAUAGAGAAGAGAGGAGAGUACGUGCUGGCUAAAAAGCUGACCGGGUCUCUGGAGUCUGGACUGGUUCCGGCUAACUACGUGGCUCUGCUGCAGGACGAGUUUGCCAAACACAAGUAG